AUGGCGACGCCAGCCUACGACCGCAACAACAUUUUUGCCAAGAUCAUCCGCGGUGAGAUCCCGAGCUACAAGGUCUUUGAGACCGAGCACGUGCUCGCGAUCCUCGACGCCUUCCCGUGCACGGCGGGCCACUGCCUCCUCAUCCCCAAGGCCGAGGGCUACGCAACGAUCCUCGACAUGCCACCGGCGCUCGCAGCGCAGCUCUUCCAGGAGCUGCCGCGCCUCGCCAAGGCCGUGCAAGAUGCGUUCCAAUGCGACGGUAUCAAUAUUGUCCAGAACAACGGCGGCGCCGCGGGACAAGUCGUCUUCCACACGCACAUCCACGUCAUUCCGCGCUACGAAGGCGACAACCUCAUCCGCCUUCCGGGCGGCAAGGAGAUGAUCCACAAGAGCGAAGCCGAGACCGUCCUCGCACAGAUCCAGGGCUGCCUCUAA